AUGCCCAAAGCUUCAAAGAAUAACUCAGGAUCUAAAUAUGAUCAAAAAAUAGUCCACAAGGUUAUUAAAAAAUACGUAUUGAUGCUACAUAAGCAAGGGGGAUACUUCUUUAACGAAUUACCUUUGGAAGAGCUACUACAACCAUGUAAAACUCCCUUAAACGAAUUCUUUCUUUAUCGCAAAGACAAGCUACGAAUAAUUAAAAGAGAUCAUCCGAAAGCAAAUUUUGAAGAAAUUUCUAUAGUCGCAUCACGAAUGUGGAAAUUUGAAUUAAUCGAGAUAAAAAAUUAUUAUACAAUGUUAGCAAAAAUAGGCGCUUUAAUUAAAGACGAAAUCUCCAACGAUUCAAGUUAUGUGGGAUCCGAACCAUGGAAGUUUUCUGCAAAUAUUCCACAAAUGUUUCUGUGUCCUACAACUACGGAUGCAGAAAACACGCUUGAUCUAAAAUGGACAGGAAUUUCUUCUGUGCAUCAAGAUUACGUAUCAUCACAAUCGAAUUCAUCCGAAAAAAUUAUGGAUAAGUUUUUAAACAAUUUCAAUUCGAUUAUUGAUUUUAACACCCAAGAAAAUCAUAUUUUAAAUGAAAUUGAUAAUUUAUUUUCUAAGUCUUAUCCACAAAUAUUCGAUAAUUAA